GUUGAACAUUUUUUUAAACAUGUUGAUAAAAGCCUGUAAAUGUUCUAAUCAAAAAUACUCCCAAAUUGUGCUUGGUAUCACCCGUUUAUGUUCUUUGACAUCUUACUGGACCAUUUUGAGGGCAACAAUAGCACGAGUUUUUCUGUAACGAAAAUUUCUAUAUGGACGGGGCUAUUUGAGCCCGAUCCGUAUACGUUGUUAUGAACGUAGUCGCUACUGGUGUACUAGUGUUAGUGGUGCCAUCUACCACCAUACUAGUCAUUCUUGAUAAUCCUGUAUACAGGGGGUAUAACAUAUGUAUAAGCAUCUAAUUUUUAUAUCACAUUUCUUCAGUGUAUGAAGAAAUAACCUGAUAUAACAGAUAACCUAAUAUCACAAUCGCGGAAUUCACGAACAUGACACAUUUGCUCAGACAUUUGACAAAAUUAAAUAGCAUCCAUCAAAAUGCUGGAUAUAAAUUAGCAAAUACAAUUUUUGCUCAAACUGUACAGAUGAGUUCUGAAGUAGAGAAGGCACAGGCAGCUAAAGAUCAAAAGUCAAAGGAAACUAUAUUUGAUAAAAUAAUUGCUAAGCAGAUUCCAGCUGAUAUCAUCUUUGAGGAUGAGAAAUGUUUGGCUUUUAAUGAUGUUAAUCCUCAGGCACCAUCUCACUUUUUGGUUAUACCCAAAAAGCGCAUACCAAAACUGGAUGAUAGCAAUAACAGUGAUAAAGAGUUGUUGGGACAUUUACUACUGAUAGCUAAAAACUUAGCUCAAACGAAGUUACCACAUGGAUAUCGUUUAGUAAUAAAUAAUGGGCCAGAUGGUUGCCAAUCUGUGUAUCAUCUACAUAUCCACAUUUUAGGUGGGAGACAAAUGAAGUGGCCGCCGGGCUGAACUGAGACAUAUUUUACUGAUUCUAUAGUUUAUUAUAAAAUACUAAAUACAAAAAUUAUUCUGUCAUUUUAACUGAGUCAGCUGACAGAUGUUUUAUAUAUUGUUCCUCACUUAACAGAUUCCAACUUUUCACUAUGUCUUCAAAUUGAUAUGUACGUCCUUUAGGUAAUAUAACAGCCAGAAAUCCUAACUUCUUAGGUUCUGUUUUCAAUAAUUGUGGGUCUCUCUUUAUCAGUUCAUUUAUUUCUACUAAAUACCCAGUCACACCAGCCCUUAUAUUGUAAGGCUUUUCUUCCCCUUCUAAAGUCACUUUACAUAUUAUUGUUGUGGCAUCCACAGCCCUAGCACCAUGUUUUCUCACACCUUUUGUCUUGAUGUUCGACCUAUCACUUUUAUUUACAAUAAAAUUGAUAUCAGUGA